AGUCUGCAGAUAAACAGAUCUGUGGAUACAUUCACCCCAUCAGAAGCUUCUUCUAUUGAGUUCUGGCUGGAAAUUCUCCUUUGCAAUGGCUACUUUUGAUGAUGUUUUAGUGCAAAUAGGUGGUUUUGGACAAUAUCAAAAGGUGGUUUUCUUUCUGAUAUAUCUGUCAUCUAUGACGUUCUCCCAUUUGUACUUUGGAUUUGUUUUUUUAGCAGUUACUCCUGACCAUUGGUGCAGGAGUCCUGGGGUGACUGAGCUGAGAGAUAAAUGCAACUGGUCUCUGGAACAGGAGAAGAAUUAUACAUUACCUAUGGGGCAAUCUGGCAGCUCCUCAUACCGUCAGUGCGAGAAAUAUGAUAUUGACUGGAAUUCCUCUUCAGGCAGCUGUCAAAAUCCACUGCUGUUUAUUCAGAAUGGAUCCCAAGAUCUACCACUUACUACAUGCCAGGAUGGGUGGGUUUUUGAAAAUGGCUCAUUCCCCAGUAUUGUGACUGAGUUUGAACUGGUGUGUGCUGAUGCUUGGAAAGUGGACCUGACUCAAGCUUGUCUAAACGUGGGUUUUUUGUUUGGAACAAUAAUCAUGGGCUAUGCAGCAGACACAUUUGGCAGGAAGCUUUGCUUCUUAUUUGCAACUUUUGUGACCACAGUGUCAGGUCUUCUACUGGCUUUUUCCCCAAACUACACUUGGUUUGUGAUCUUCCGUACUGUUCAAGGCCUAUUCAGCAGGGGAGGUUGGCUUUGUGGCUACGUCUUAAUGACUGAACUUGUUGCGUCAGGCUACAGAAGAACAGCAGGAAUUUUACACCAAGUGUCAUUUAGUUUUGGGAUCAUGCUUCUUCCUGCCAUUGCCUAUUUUGUACCAGCCUGGAGAAACUUGCAACUGGCGAUAACCAUUCCAAACUUCCUCUUCUUGACCUAUUACUGGUUGGUUCCAGAGUCUCCCAGGUGGAUGUUGUCUCAGAAGAAAGAUGGAGAAGCCAUGAAAGUUCUGCAGCAGGUGGCAAGAAGGAAUGGCCACACCCUUUCAAUGAAAGCCGAGGCAAUUACUGUGGAGAAGAAUGAUGAAAAGGUGAACAGUCCUUCCAUAGUUCAACUGGUUAGGACACCUCAGAUGAGAAAACAUACUCUCAUUUUGAUGGUGAACUGGUUUACGAGUGCCUUGGUGUAUCAAGGACUUGUCAUGCGUUUGGGAACUCUGGGAGGAAACAUUUACCUUGAUUUCUUUAUCUCAGGAGCUGUGGAAAUCCCAGCAUCAGUCAUUAUCAUUUUAGUGAUUGAACGGAUUGGACGACGCCUUCCCUUUGCGGCAGGCGGUCUGGUAUCAGGGGGUUCCUGUUUAAUAGUGGUGUUCAUACCUGAAAGUUUAACUUGGCUGAAAACAGCAGUUGCGUGCUUGGGCAGACUGGGGAUAACUGUAGUUUUGGAGAUGGUCUGUUUUGUAAACACAGAGCUAUAUCCUACAUUUUUACGGAACUUUGCUGUUGCUGCGUGUGGAGUGCUAUGUGACAUCGGAGGAGUUGUUUCCCCUUUCAUCGUGUAUAGGUUGGCUGCUAUCUGGAUUGAAAUGCCUCUUGUAGUUUUUGGGGUGACUGGUUUGUUUGCUGGUGUCCUAGUGUUACUCUUACCUGAAACAAAGGGAGUGCCUUUACCAGAUACCAUCGAGGAUGCAGAGAACAUUAGACGGUGGAAGACAAGUGCUUUAAAGACACACUAUCAACAGAUUGUUCAACAUUCAACAGAAACUCAUAAUAUGAAGGACACUGAUGCAGUGAAGGUUGUCCUCAGCUCAUGAACUGGAUUGCAGCAUUAACCACAAAAAUUGGCCAGUUAGAUUUAUAUUUCAUGCUGUCUACUGUGUACUAUGAUAUAUUGUUGUUAUAUAUUAUGCAUAAUUAUAUAGAGUGCUAUAACUAUUAUGAUUCUACGAUGAAUUUAAAAACAUAAAUUUACUGUCACUUCACUUUCUCAAAAAUACAUUUUGACAAUUGGUUUGAAGUUGAAUAUAAAACUGAAAAUUUAUGUUUGGAUUACUUUAAUGAACAUUACUGAAAAUUUCACAAUAAUAGGUAUAAAUUGGAGCCUGGAAAAGAAUUUCAUGAAUAUUUAUCGAUCAAGUCACGCUUUAUUAAAUGUACAAUCUCCACAAUAUAUAAAUCUGAAUAUUUAGUAAUUGCCAUUGGAUUAUACAAAGAGAAUGCAAAAAUGUUAAAUACAGGUAACUUAAGGUAGUAAACGUUAUUGAACUACAUGAACAACUUAAAGUAUAUUUUUCCUGAACCAAUUUAUUUCAACUGACUUUUAUUUUUUUCAAGAAUUCUUAAGAAUAGGACAAACCCUGUUCCUUUCUCAUUGACCACGUGGAGCAAUCCAAUCUAGUUACCUCAACAAGUUAAUGUAAACAAAGAACUGCAGAUGGUGGAGAUCUGAAACAAAGAAAAUGGAAAUUGUUGAGGAAUUUCAACAGAUGUGGCAGCAACAGUGAAAACAAAGUUAUGUUUUGGUCACUGAAGGCAAAAUGUUAACUCUGUGUUUACUCCACAGAUGCUGCCAGGCCUGCUGAGUUUAUCCAUCCAUUUGUGUUUUUUCUGUUUCACUUCAUUAGGUUUUUUUUCUUCAUUUGUGGCAUAUGGGUGUUACUGGCAGGCCAGCAUUUAUUGCUUGUCGCUAAAUGCAUUGUAAAGGUGGUGGUGGGCUGCCUACUUGACGCAUUGUAAUUUCUUGUUCUAUAGGUAGAUCUACAAUGCCAAUAGGGAGGGAAUUCUAGGUUUUUCACCUAAUGGCAGUGAAGUACAACAUUAUAUUUCCAAAUCGGGAUGGUGAGUAGCUUCAAGGGCAACUUGCAACUGGUGAUGUUCCCAUGCAUUUUCUGCCCUUGUCUUUUUGGAUGGAAAUGGUUGUGAGUUUAGAUGAUUCUGUCUAAGGAUCUUUGGCCAAUUUCUGCUGUAUCUUGUAGUUAGUAGUUCGUAUACACUGCUACUAUUGAGUGUCAAUUGCAUGGGGAGUGCUUGUGGAUGUGUUUCUAAUCAAACAAACUGCUUUGUCCUGGAUGGCAUCAAGCUCCUUGAGUAUUGUUAGAGUUGCAUUCAUCCAAGCAAGUGGAUAUAUUCCAAAACAUUUUAGAUGGCGGACAGGCUUCAGAGAGUCAAGAGGCGAGUUACUUGCUGCAGUAUUCCUAGCCUCGGAUAAACUAUUGUACCCACUGUAUAUGGCAAAUCCUGGUGAGUUUCCGGACAAUGGUAACCUCAAGAUAUUGAUAGUUGGGGAUUCAGUGAUGGUAAUGUCAUUGAAUGUCAAGGAAUUGCGUUUUUUUUUGUUUCUUGUUGGAGAUGGUCACUGCUUGGCAUUUGUGUGAUGUGAAUGUUACUUGCCACUUGUCAACCCAAGCCUUGACAUUGUCCAGAUCUUGUUGCAAUUGAAAAUGGAGUGCUUCAGGAGUUGAUAGUAGUACUGAAUAUUUUGCAAUCUUCUGCAAACAUCCAUUUCAGACGUAAUGAUGGAGGGAAUAUCAUUGAUGAAGCAUCUGCAGGAGAUUGGACUUAGCACACUACCCUGAGGAACUCCUGCAGAGAUGUCCUACAGCUGAGAUGCCUGAUAUCCAAAAACUGCACCUAUUUUCCUAUGUGCCAGGUAUGACUCCAACCAGUGGAGAGUUUGCCCACAUUUCUAUUCAUAGAAAUCAUAGAAUCUCUGCAGUGUGGAAGCAGGCCAUUCAGUCUAUCGGGUCCACAUCGACACACCCCCUACCCCAUCCCAGUAACCCUUCAUUUACCAUGGAUAAUCCACUUAGCCCUGGACACUAUGGGCAAUUCAGCAUAGCCAAUCCACCUGACAUGUACAAUUUUUGGAGGAAAUCGGAGCACCUGGAAGAAAACCAUUGAUUCCAGUUUUGCUAGCACUCCUUGAUAACACAAUUGGUCAAAUGCAGCCUUGAUGUCACGAGCUGUUACUCUCACCUCACCUCUGCAAUUUGGCUGUUUUGACCAUAUUUGAACCAAGGCUGUAAUGAGAUCAGCAGCUGACUGUCCCUGCUGGAAACCCAAUUGGGCAUUAUUGUGCAGGUUUUUACUAAGUAGGUGCUGCUUGAUAGCGCUGUUGAUGACACCAUUAUUCACUACUGAUAGUUGAAAAUACUCUGAUGAGUUGUUAAUCAGCUGGGAUGGGUUUGUCCUGCUUUUUUCUAAAGGUCAUACCUGGGCAAUUUUCCACAAUGUGAGAUAGGUACCAGUGUUGUAACUAUACUGGAACAGCUUGGCUAGGCGAGCAGUGACUUCUGGAGCACAAGUCUUCAGUACUGUUGCCAGAAUGUUGUCAGGGCCCAUAAUCUUUGCAGUAUCCAGUGUCUCCAAACAUUUCUUCAUAUUGUGUUAAGUGAAUCAAAUUGGCUAAAAACUGGUUUCUUCUAAGUGUUGUUCAACAAGGAGGUGUGUUGAUUCAUCUGUCUAGGGAGAACAGAGACAAGACAUACCCAGGGAUGGUGAUGGUGGUGUCUGGGACAUUGUAUGCAAGAUUUGAUUCAGUAAGUAUAACUGUAGCAGGCUGUUGUUUGUCUAGACUGUGCAACAUAAUACCCACGAGGCAAUGCAAGGUUUCUUGGUCCUUCUGGCUCUACUUCAUUGAUUUUUUAAAACAGUUGAUGCAAUUAUAUCUCCACAAUAAUAGAUUAUUUUUAGGCUAAUUGUUCAAUGAAAAGUUUGAGUAUGUGCUGUUGGAAGCUCCUUGAGAAAAACAUUAUCUCAGAUAAAAGCAGGGUCAAGUCACCAUAGUCCCAGAAGACCAUAGGGCUUCUGUCAUUAGAAAGAGGCAAGUGGUGCUGGUUUCAACGCUGGGUACCAUGCCUACAGUGAGGCUGAGAAAGAGGAACCUUCAUGGUAAUCUCAGCCUCAGCGUGUUCACAUACAGUGCCUCUCAAAGCCACCAUCCAGCCAAUUGAGCUACCCAAGCACCACACAGCCCCCUGGUUGAUAGGCUGGAUUUAGAGCAAUCAGGUCAGCUUGUGAAGCUGUUUAAAAAAAAGUUAUCCAUUGGGAGAAAAAAUGUACUCCUCUUUGAUUGGCAGCUGCAUAUUUCACAAACUUGAGGAGCCAGUCCUUAUCGCUACCUGUACAGAAACCAGCAGAAGAAGAGAAUAUCAUGAAGCUAGGGCAAGAACACAUUUAUCAAAUUAUAUCGCCAAAUAAAAUGACUACCCCACACGUCAAUCACGCACUUCUUUUCUCACCUUUGUGUCACGAAUGGGGUCUGACACAUGGACGUGGGGGUGGAGGGGGCGGAGUCAAGAUGGCCACGCCUUUUCCUCGGGUCGUGUGACCAUGUGCCCCAGGCUACGCAGGAUCGUUGGGUGAAUAGCCUGCCAAUCUGUAUGAGCACUAUCCAAAGAAGCCCAUCUGGUGAUGAAGAUUGGCACUUGGGUCGCCUAGUAACUGGUAUCUCCCUGCACAAUGGCAGUCAUUGGCUGAGGAGUCUCCAUGUGUCUGAUUGCUGAGUCCCGCUUCUGUUGUAGAGUAUGGGCUUCUGGUUGCCGACUGCUGCCAUGGAGAAUGGAAACAGACCCUUUGAUCCAACUCGUCCACACUGACCAGGACGGAUUUCUCUCUUCAGGCCUGGCUGUAGGCUGUGCAGACUCAGCUUGGUGAUUGUUCUUUCUGAGCAGGUUUCCAUCACCCCACUUUCCACAUGAAGUCAUGACAGCUGGCAGGGGUCCUGCUCGAGGUCAGCCUCUCCAUUUCACUUUCGCCUCAGCCUUUUCCCGGCUCUGCCAUUGACAAACAUUUUUGUAUCCUCUUUAGCCACAGGUGAGGUCCCAGAGGACUGGGGAAUACCCAAUGUUGUAAGAAGGGUAGCAUAGAUAGUCCUGGAAGUAACAGAUCUGCGAGUCUCAAGUCAGUGGGAGGGAAAUUAUUGGAAAAGAUUUUCAGGGAAAAGGUCCAAAUGUGCUUAGAAGCAAAUGGACUUAUUAAUGAUAGACAGCAUGGCUUUCUGCAGGGAUGUACAUGCCUCUAAUUUGUUCGCGUUUUUUGAAGAAUUGACAAUAUUGUCACAUAUAUUCAAAAUAAAAUGUUGUGAAAAUUGUGCACCAUUGCUUGUACAUAAGUGCCAUUUACAGAAUAAAAUAAA